GUCGUGCCGUGCUGGGUAGCGUAUGUGGUCCGCUGGCGCGUCAUGCCGCCGCUCGCUCCCGAUUUAUUACCGUUGACUGUCUGGAUGCCCUUCCGUAAAGUCUACUUACCUUGGGCCGCGGUGCAUCUGACGAUCCUGCUGGUUAAGCCUUACUCGCCGCUAUCAAAAUACGAGAUGCUCUUCGACUGGUAUACUGGCAGUGUCGCUAGCGUCGACGGCACGGGAGGCCGAGGCCAGGCCCAGAAGCGGCACGCGCCGCCCUUCGCGUCGUACGCCUGGAAGCCAGUGGCGUACAUCCUGGCGCACGCACUUUUCUCGCUCGAGGGCUACUGCGCGGCCGCGCUGAGCCUGCGCUACGAGGCGGUGAUGUUGGUCUGGGUCUCGCUGAUCUUCAUCUCAAAUAUCAACUCGGCGUUCAACUUCUACCGGGCGUCCGUCGACGAGUCCUACAGCCCGGGCAACAAGCUCAUCUCUGGCCUCCGCGACUCGGCCGUGUCGUGGGCGAUUAUCCUCCCGCUCUACUACUAUUGCGAGAAGGGAGUGGCGGCCGCGUGA